AAGACCGAUUCCAACGUGCCUGUCGUCUUGGAAAGCUCCUCCUCACGUCCGGAAGUCGUCCCGAUCAGAAGCCGUCCCGAAUAUGGCAAAUGCUGGCGUAGUGAAUGCUCCCCUUCAGACGUUUACAGAAGAGGAGACGAUGAUGAAAACCAUGGUUAAAAAAUUCGCCCAGGAACGGAUCGCGCCUUUGGUGGCAGCCAUGGACGAAAAUUCAGAAAUGGAGAAAUCCGUCAUUCAGGGACUCUUCGAACAAGGGUUAAUGGGCAUUGAGAUUGACCCAAAAUAUGGAGGAACUGGAGCUUCAUUUUUUUCCUCCGUCUUAGUGAUAGAAGAAUUGGCCAAGGUCGAUGCAUCGGUAUCUGUCCUUUGUGAUAUUCAGAACACGUUAAUAAAUACACUCAUUAGAAAAUGUGGAACAGAAGAACAGAAGGCAACCUAUCUGGUCAAAUUGGCUAAAGACACGGUAGGCAGUUUCUGUCUGUCUGAAUCUGCAGCCGGCAGUGAUGCGUUUGCCCUGAAGACUCGUGCUGAGAAGAAAGGAGACUACUACAUCAUCAACGGCUCAAAGAUGUGGAUUAGCAGUGCCGAGUAUGCUGGAAUUUUUCUAGUGAUGGCAAACGCUAAUCCUAGCAUUGGAUACAAAGGAAUAACUUGUUUCAUAGUAGAUCGUGACACCGAGGGUCUUCAGAUUGGAAAGAAGGAGAACAAAAUGGGAAUCAGAGCCUCAUCGACCUGCCCUUUGACGUUUGAAAAUGUGAAGGUGCCGGAAGCCAAUAUCCUGGGGCAGGUUGGACAAGGCUACAAGUAUGCCAUCGGCAUGCUGAACGGAGGCAGGAUAGGAAUUGCUGCGCAGAUGUUGGGAUUAGCACAAGGAUGUUUUGACCAAACCAUCCCGUACACCAAAGAAAGGAUGCAGUUCGGCCAGAGAAUCUUUGAUUUUCAAGGACUCCAGCACCAAAUAGCCCAAGUGGCCACCCAGCUCGAAGCCACACGGCUACUGACCUACAAUGCCGCCAGGCUUGCGGAAGUCGGAAGACCAUUUAUCAAGGAAGCCUGCAUGGCCAAAUACUACGCGGCGGAGGCGCCAUCUAUGAAGGGACUUCAAAUAUCCAGUUGAGCACCAUAGCGAAACUUUUAGGCCAGGAAUAUUGAAAGCCCCACGAACCUGACGACUGGAAGUACGGACUUGGAACCGGUGGGCCUCGUGGGUGAAAUAACGUGCCGUGCUGUCCAAAUGCUACUUCCCGGGAGCGAUGGCGAUUCCGCCCUUCCGUGGGUAGGAAUGUGACAUCUCCAAAAGUGCCCAAUUUGCCGUCAAGUAGUUUACUGACCAGGUAAACCAACUAAACGUCUCCCUCAAAUCUGGUUUAAUGCACCAUCCCUGGGACUGAUUCUGACAAUUAUUUUGCGUCACAUAAAUACCGCACUCUUCCAGUAGUUGCCGAGGUAAUGAUAAUGUAUCUCUGGGGGAUAAUCAAGUAGAAAAAUACGACCAUUUCAGCUUCAUAGAAAAAUCUACCACAUCUACAGUUGUAAUCACAGGUUGUGUUCGUGUUUCCACUGCAGAGCUAGACGAUACAUUGCGGGGCUGUUUUUAUUUAGCACUUUUGCAAAGUCCUUUCUAUAGUAGUAUAAAGACAAAUGGUUCAUUGUAAAUAUCAAAAGGUAUUUUGAAAGAGCUUUAAAUAUUAGAGCCGGUUGAGUGUUAGAAUGAGUGGGUCAAAUGAUUAGGUCCCAGACAAGGUUUUGGAAAGAUAUUGAUGCAGUUUGUGUUGCGUUCUGUAAGCAGCCCUACGGUCUCAAAUGGUUUUAUGAAUCUCUACUUCCGUUUCCAAGAUAUUAUUAAAAUAAUACAUUUAUUUGAACCCACUCCAACUAUCACCCUUGAUUUGGUAAAAUGAUUUUCCCACUCUCUCCAGCGGCAUCUCCCCUCUAUCUCAAAAUCGUAUACUGCUUUCUCAGAAUUGAACUUUAAUUUAAAAGGAAUCUAUAAAUUGAGCUUUCAGGUGGAGCUCGAUGACUUACGCUGUGAAUUGUGAAACAUUUCACUAUUUAGGCGUUUUGAUAUUCCACAGGCAGAGAAGUCAGCUGCUCUAAGGACAGAGGAUAGCCAGAGAACCAGUUACACGUGUGCGAAUGUAAGUCAAAGAGGAAUUAAUUUUCGAUGCUCUUUCAGCGUGAAACAAAAAUAAUAGACAUCAAAAGAGCGAAAGGGAACGUAUAUCGUGUAGUGGAAAAGAUGAGAGAAUUUGCUGGAUAAUGGGACAAAGCUCCCAGAAGUGAUGGUCCCUAAAUCAAUCAGAAAGAGAAGGCAAAAAGAACACUCUAAUGUUCUUUAAGGAGCAAUUACUACAGUGGCAAGAGUGGGUAAGAUGACCCCCAAGAGGGAGUUUUUGCAUCCUGAAUUCUUUCCAAAUUGUACUUCCCAAGCACUUAGUCCAGUGCUCUGCACACAGUAAGUGCUCAAUAAAUACGAUUGAUUGAUUGAUUGAUUUUCAGACAAAGAAAUCAAAUGUAAAGACUCUGAAUUGAAAAAAAAUGUUCUCUUUUUAAACCCAAAAGCCAUUUUCUAAUUCAGCUCGUAACAAAUUGUAAACAUUAGCAGUGUAGUACAAAACUUCACUCUUGAGAGUUUUAAUAAGUAAUUGGUUGGCUUUAUGGUGUUCUUGAUUAUUCUCCUCCCCCGUAACGUUGAGGCCCAGAUUCCCAACUGCCACCUAUUUUUUCUCCUGUGUUUUUAUUGUUAUGAACGUAUAUGCAGUGGAAAGCCGCUGAAACGUAGGUCACAAUUGAAGAGGUUGUGGUUGGUCGUCUUGUCUGUGUGUCAAAUGUAUGUAAAAUGUAUAUCAUAGCCCAAUAUAUUAUUAAUUCAUUCUUUUUGCAUGCUUAUGAGCUGC